CACAUGAAGAGCAUGUGGAAGGCUCAACUUGUGACAGACUGCAUGCAAUGGCUUUUUCAUCAAACAUCACUACAUUCACUCUUUCUGGACUUAUUUUAACAAAGGAAAGCAAAUAUAUAUAUUUUUCACUGGCUCUUUUGGCAUAUUUUAUGGUGUUAUUUUUCAAUCUUAGUCUUGCUAUCACUGUUCUUCAUGAAAAGACACUUCACGAGCCCAUGUACAUUUUCCUGUGCAAUUUGUGUAUCAAUGGAAUAUAUGGAACCUCAGGUUUCUACCCAAAAUUCCUGCUUGACAUAAUCAGUGACUCACGUGACAUUCCAUAUAGUGGAUGUCUACUUCAAGUAUUUGUGAUUUAUUCCAGCGUUAUGUGUGAUUUUACCACACUGACAGCGAUGGCAUAUGACAGGACUGUGGCCAUAUGUCAGCCAUUAGAAUAUCACUCUAUAAUGACGACCCAGGCUGUUGUUACGUUGCUAAUAUUUUGCUGGCUGCAUCCUUUGUUUUGUUCCGUUCUUAUGAUCACUUUGACAAGUUUGUUGUCUUUAUGUGGGUCUCACAUAGACAAACUGUACUGUGACAACUGGUCUAUUGUGCGGCUUUCUUGUGUUCCUGUCACCACACUACAUCAAGUGAUUGGAUUCCUUUCAGUACUUUCAUUCAUGGCACAUGCCAUUUUUAUCCUUUAUUCAUAUAAGAAAUUGAUCACGGCAUGUAGAAAUUCUAAAGAGGACAAGCUGAAGUUUAUGCAGACCUGUGUACCACAUUUAGUUACCAUAAUAAAUUUUUCAAUAUCUGUGCUUUUUGACACAAUGUACAGUCGAUAUGGAUCAAAGGAUACCCCACAGAGUCUACGCGAUUUCAUGUCUUUGGAAUUGUUAAUAAUCCCACCCCUUUUCAACCCUAUUAUUUAUGGAUUAAAACUUACCGAGCUUCGCAGAAGAAUCCCGAGACCAUGCAAAAGACUUACAGCUGCUCAGAACAGUGAACCCAGAAGAAGAAUAAGAAGAAAAAUAAUAUUUUCAUGAUAAGUUCAUUUGUUCAUUGAUUACAAAUAUGCAUAAAUUGAUAUAUUACAUGCUGAGCAAUAUUAUAUGCUAAGGAAUAUGGUCAUACCAUGUGAAAAUGUAUAAGAUAUGUCAGGGAAUAUGAGCGAAUAUCAAUUAUUAUAGUUAUGAAUCAAUGUUUUCAUAUGUCGAGAUUGCUGGUGAGAUUACUGAUUACUUGGAAAACUAUAUACUGUAAAACAGCACAUUUUUAAAAUACAUUCUGAAAUACAAGCAUGCAACUGUAUGAAUGAGAGUGGCUAUAUACAUUAAAAAAUUAUUCAAGAAUGACAUAAUAUUGAUAGUAUGGAUUUCAUACAAAUAUACUGGGAAAUUUCAAAUGGAGUAAAGUUCAUUAUCAUUAAUAGUCACGGGUAGAUACUCUUUAUAUUGACAAUCAAUUAAUAAACUUGAGAUCA